AUGGAGCGUUCUGUUAUGAGUUUAAGGCAAUACUUGUCAAUAACCUUCUGUUACAUCCUUCUCCUGUUCCUUUCCUUGUCAGCUCGAAAGGUUUCCACGGCUACCACAUUUUCAAACGAGACUGACAAACUUGCACUGCUCGAAUUCAAGUCCCACGUAGAUCAGGACCCCCUCAUCAGUGUCCUGGCUGCUUGGAAUGAGUCUUUCCAUUUCUGCCACUGGCUUGGGGUCACCUGUGGCAACAAACACCAAAGAGUCAUUGGUUUGGACCUAAAAGACAAGAACUUGGUUGGCACCAUAUCACCCUACAUUGGAAAUCUUUCUUUCCUUCGAUCCCUCAACCUCGCAAUUAACUCCUUCUAUGGUCGAAUCCCCUCGGAAGCUGGUCGCUUGAUCAGGCUUCAGAAUUUAAACCUGAGUUUUAACUCAUUGGAAGGAGAAAUUCCUGUCAAUCUGUCUCACUGUUCCAACCUUAUGUAUCUUGGUCUCCAGUACAACCAUCUAGUGCAACAAAUACCAUCUGAACUUGGCUCUUUGUCCAAACUCAAGAAUCUAUAUCUUGCCAAAAACCAGUUAAGUGGAAAGUUGCCACCUUCUCUGGGAAACCUGUCUUCUCUCCAACACCUUUGGUUUCCAUAUAACAAUUUGGAGGGAGAAAUUCCAGAUACAUUAUCCCAGAUGAUAAGCUUGGAAAGUUUUCAAGUAGGAAAGAAUAAUCUUUCUGGUGUGUUUCCACCUUUCCUUUACAAUUUUUCAUCAAUCAAAGUCAUUUCCUUGGCUUUCAACAACUUUUCUGGUGACCUCAGGCCCGACUUAGGCAUUGCACUUCCAAAUCUUCAAAAGCUUGGUAUGGGAGGAAACAAAUUUACAGGAAGCAUUCCAGCUGCAUUGUCCAAUGCUUCAGGUUUUCAAGAAAUUGAUAUCCCUACAAAUUAUUUUACGGGAAACAUACCUAUGGAGUUUGGUAAUCUACGAAAUCUUACAUGGCUUAAUGCAAACGGGAAUCUUCUUGGAAAUUAUUCAGCUGAUGAUUUGAGUUUUCUUAGACCUUUGACCAAUUGCAGCCAGUUACAGACACUCGAUAUCAGCUACAACCGGCUUGGAGGUGAGCUGCCUGAUGCGAUAACAAACUUCUCAACCCAAAUAACAUGGCUACAACUAGGAGGGAAUUUUAUUGGGGGAAGCAUACCUACGAAGGUAUCAAAUCUAGUUAGACUAACUCAACUUGGUCUGGAACAGAAUUUGUUAACGGGAAAUAUUCCAGCUUCAAUUGGGGAGCUCUCAAACUUGAACAGAUUGUACUUAUAUGGAAACAACUUGACAGGGGAGAUCCCGACUUCUCUUGGCAACAUGACUCAAUUGUUGGAGCUCUAUUUGUAUAAUAACAGCUUGGAAGGAAGCAUACCCUCGAGUCUUGGAAUGUGUAGCUACCUGCAAGAUGUACAACUUUUCCAUAAUAAACUAAAUGGCACUAUACCCAAGAAACUCCUUAGUCUUCCAGCCCUUUCUCGAGAACUUAAUGUGUCUCAUAACUCUUUGACAGGAAGCUUGCCCCCAGAAGUUGGAAACCUGAAGACUCUUGUUUAUCUAGAUGUUUCAUUCAACAAAUUUUCCAAAGAGAUUCCCGCGGAACUAGGGGAUUGUUUGGGAUUGGAAGCACUUUAUGUGCAAGGGAACUUCUUUGAAGGAACCAUUCCGGAUUUAAGUAAGUUAAGGGGUAUUCAAUAUCUUGAUCUUUCCAACAACAACUUGACUGGCCAAAUUCCAAGCUACAUGGUUAGUUUUUCCAUGUUGAUAAACUUGAAUCUGUCUAUCAACAAUCUUGAGGGAGAGGUGCCCAUACAUGGGGUCUUCAGAAAUGCAACUGCAAUUGAAGUAUAUGGCAACGAUGGGCUUUGUGGGGGGAUCCAAGAGCUGCAGUUGCGCGCAUGUUCCAAUAAGCAUAGAAAUCGUGUUGCUUUUAAGUUGAUUCUGAAAAUAGGCAUUCCUGUUUUCUCCGUGGUGGUGUUGUCUUUGAUUUCCCUCAUGUGCUGGUUGAGAAAGUCAACAAAAAAUGUCAUCCCACUUCUUCCUUUGGGCACUACCUUUGGGCCCUUCUACCAAAAGAUUUCUUAUCAAGAACUACUCAAUGCAACCGAUGGAUUCUCAGAGAUGAAUUUGAUUGGUUCAGGUAAUUUUGGUACUGUCUAUAAAGGAAAGCUUGGUCUCGAUGAAGUCAGUGUCGCAGUCAAGGUACUCAACCUAAAAAAGAAGGGAGCGUCCAGAAGCUUCAUCGCUGAAUGCGAAGCCUUAAGGAGCAUCCGGCAUCGAAACCUAGUAAAUAUUUUAACUGCUUGCUCAAGUAUUGACUAUGGGGGCCAAGAUUUCAAAGCUUUAGUAUAUGAGUUCAUGCCAAAUGGGAACUUGGACAUGUGGUUGCAUCCAGAAAAUGGGCUCAAGCAGCUGAGAAAUUUAAGCCUUCUUCAGAGAGUAAACAUUGCAAUAGAUGUGGCUUCUGCUUUGCUUUAUCUUCAUCAUGAAUGCCAUAUACCUAUUAUUCACUGUGAUUUAAAGCCAAGCAAUAUUCUUCUCGAUGAUGAGCUGACUGCUCGUGUAAGUGAUUUUGGUUUGGCACGACUCCUUUCAGAAUCGAAUAAGCACGCUUUUCCUAGUCAAUUAAGCUCAGCUGGGAUUAAAGGAACCAUUGGGUAUGCUGCUCCAGAGUACGGAAUGGGAGGUCAGCUGUCAGCCAAUGGAGAUGUGUACAGCUUUGGGAUCCUCUUGUUGGAGAUGUUCUCUGGAAGAAGACCCACAGAUGAACUUUUCAAAGACGACCUGAACCUCCACAAAUUAGUCAAACUGGCAUUGCCGGGACGAGUGAUGGAGAUUCUGGACGAAUCAGUUUUGAACGAAGUAGGCGAAACUAAGAAUUUGGUUACAUGUAGGAGUGACUGGACAAGCUGUGAACAGACUGAAGGCUUGAUAUUGGUCUUUCAGAUUGGCCUUGCAUGUUCAGCAGAAUCUCCAAAGGACAGAAUGAACAUGAGAAGAGCUGCAACGGAAUUGCUUUCAAUCAGAGACAAACUCCUUGGGAACGCAGACCAGAACGUGCAUAAUGGAAAUGAGAAAAGCCGAUCAGUUAAAGUUUCUGAAAAAUGUCAAUGA